AUGACGACACCAGGCCCCAUCACAACACCUCUCACCUCCUUGCUGGGCAUCCAGCACCCCAUUGUCCUCGCCGGCAUGGCCAGGACAUCAGGAGGCCGCCUUGCUGCCGCGGUAUCCAACGCCGGCGGACUCGGUGUCAUUGGCGGCUUCAUGUACACUCCCGACCAGCUCCGCGAGAUCAUCGCCGAGAUGAAGGCCAACUUCUCACGACCUGACCUGCCGUUUGGCGUUGACCUCGCGCUGCCUCAGAUUGGAGGGAACGCGCGAAAGACGAACCAUGAUUACACGGGUGGUAAACUGGAUGAGCUGAUUGAUAUCACUAUCGAGAGCGGUGCCAAGUUGUUUGUUAGUGCGGUCGGUGUGCCGCCUAAGGACGUUAUUAAGAGGCUUCACGACAAGGGGAUUUUGGUGAUGAAUAUGGUUGGACAUCCAAAGCAUGCGGUGAAAGCGCUUGAGCUUGGUGUCGACAUGGUCUGCGCCCAAGGCGGCGAAGGCGGCGGCCACACAGGCGACGUUGCCAACUCGGUCCUUAUCCCUGCUGUUGCAGACGUGGCGGCCAAGUAUCACCCUCCUCUUCUCAAGGGUCUUCCCGCGCUGGUGCUUGCAGCGGGUGGCAUUUCGUCUGGACGCAGCCUGGCAAGUUCGUUGAUGCAGGGAGCGGCGGGUGUUUGGGUUGGCACACGGUUUGUGGCCUCUGUAGAGGCGGGAUGCAGUGAGGAGCACAAGAAUGAGGUUGUUUCUUGUGGCUUUGAUGAGACGCAGCGGACGCUUGUGAUAUCUGGAAGGCCGUUGAGGAUGAAGACGAAUGAGUAUAUUCGGAAGUGGCACGACAAGCCUGAGGAAAUACGACAGCUCUGCGAUAAGGGAGUAGUACCUCUCGAGCACGAUCUUGACGAAGGAGCGGAUGUAGACUUGCCUUAUCUCAUGGGGCAGGUUGCUGGAGCCAUCACGAGCGUGCAGCCGGCUGGGGAGAUUGUCGAUGAGAUGGUCAAGGAGGCGGUUGAGAUGCUGAAGCUAGGAGGCACGUAUCUGACAGCCAAGCCAAGGCUGUGA